GAGCAGUUAAGCAUUUCAGUCCUUUAAUCAAUCCUCUCACUCGAAAGAAUCAAUCAAUUUUCGGAGAAUAAAUAAUCAAACGAUUAUUUCGUGCGUCACCGUGGGGAGGCUGCGAUCUAAUCCCUACCGUCUAUCUUCUCUACCCUAUCCUUCUUUUGCGCCCUAUCCUUUACCCUGCGGCCAGUCGUGGUGAUAAAAGAGAAGCAAAAGAAGAAAGAUGCGCGCGAACACCUCGUGCGUUGUAUCGAGGAGGAGGGCGAGCCCGUUAUAAGCUCGAGCACCGGCUAUUCAGCAGCUUAGGCGGCCUAGUGGAGUCGGCAGAGAUCCCCACCGGUGGUUCGCGCACGUGGACCUAAAAGUCCCGUGUCUCCGCGUACCGUUUGUUUCUUCUCGCGGUAUCUUGAGUUUAUUACAUCCUAAUACAAUUUUGACGACUCGGAGUAUGAAUAAUCGGCGCGAACUGACGCCGUCCGCGAUGCUGGUGCUAGUGCUCGUGGUGCAGGUGAUCGCGACGAUCGUACCCGCGGCAGCUGUCGGACCCCUGUUCAGAUCACUGAACUUCGACGAGGUUCGCCCGGAGGAGGACGACAACGCCGUCGUCGUCGAAGCUGCGAUCGAUCCGGAUCAGUUCGGAUCGAGGAAGGGUCGGGGCAUUCUUUGGAACGGAGCCACGACACGCGAGACCUGCUUAACUUCGAAAGGUGAAAUCGGUCGUUGCACGACCUUCAAGGAGUGCUAUCCGUACUUUAAGAUUCCGGACCUCGGUGCUCUGGACGGCUGGGUCCUCGGCGUUUACGACACAUGCAGCUACAUCCGCGAGGAUGGAAAUCCGAGCUUCGGGAUCUGUUGCUCGAAUCUGAAUCCCUUCGUCACGCCCGAAACCGAUAAUUGCGACAAUUCUAACUUGGGAAUUCCGCAAGUGGAAGACAAUAAGAAGAUAAACGAGAACGCGGGGAUAGCACGUCCUCAAGCUGUACCUACUUGGCCGCCGCCGAUUCCCACACAUCCGCCCGAUCACACGAUACCACCACUUCCGACUCAUCCACCUUCGCCCGGCCUACCGAUGCUUUCGACUACGUCGGCCUCGAUCAGUACGAGGCCCAAUAAAAAACCAAGCGUUGCCACUACGUGGCCGACGAAGAAACCGGGCUGGUGGACUACCCCAUUGUCGACGUCCACGUCCACGACCAACAAGUCUCCAAUUGACAACGCAAAUCACUCGCAGUGCGGCGCCAAGAACGGUAAUCAGGAUCAAGAGCGUAUCGUAGGAGGGAAAAACGCAGACCCGGGCGAAUGGCCGUGGAUCGCCGCGCUCUUCAACGCUGGACGGCAAUUCUGCGGCGGUUCGCUCAUCGACGACAAUCACAUAUUGACGGCGGCGCACUGCGUCGCAAAUAUGAACUCUUGGGACGUUGCGAGGUUGACGGUACGCCUCGGUGACUACAAUAUUAAGACGAAUAAUGAAAUUCGUCACAUCGAGAGACGCGUGAAAAGAGUCGUGAGGCAUCGAGGAUUUAACUCCCGUACGCUCUACAACGACGUGGCACUUCUAACGUUAAACGAGCCCGUAGAAUUUACCGAACAAAUACGACCUAUCUGUCUUCCUAGCGGGUCGCAAUUGUAUGCCGGCAAGACAGCGACCGUCAUUGGAUGGGGUUCUUUGAGAGAAAGUGGACCGCAGCCAGCGAUUCUGCAAGAGGUUUCAAUACCCGUGUGGUCGAACAGCGAAUGUAAACUGAAAUAUGGUGCAGCGGCACCAGGUGGUAUAGUCGACAGUUUCCUAUGCGCCGGUCAAGCCGCUAAGGAUUCAUGUUCGGGUGAUAGUGGAGGACCUUUAAUGGUGAAUGAUGGUCGCUGGACGCAAGUCGGUAUUGUAUCAUGGGGAAUAGGCUGCGGUAAAGGACAAUAUCCAGGCGUGUACACGAGAGUGACACACUUUUUGCCAUGGAUUUAUAAGAAUUUAAAGUAGAAGACACGUAUCUAUUUACCAUCUUUCACACCGUCGCUGUUUCUUUGACAAUAGCGAUUGUCAAAAAACGCGAACUCGAUCGCACUUCCUUCGAAAAAUGUGAUAAAAAACUGCCGAGCCUUAACAAAAAAUUUUUUAGCGAUAGGAAAAGUAUCCAUUUUUAUAGUUGAAAGCGACAACAUAUCUCUUUUUUAAGGAAAUUUCAUAUUAUGUUUAAUUAUUCUCGCCUCUUUUUGGCGAAAAUUUGAUUAACUAUGUUAAUCUUUUUCUUUUAAUUAUGUGACAUUCCAUUUUAAGAUUCAUCGCGCUCUUUGUAUGUUCUCUCGUCAUUAAAUAAAAUCACCUAUCUGUCGUAGAAA